CUAAUAUAUUUCCGAUUGAAAAACUCUCUUUUCUCUCUCUCUCCCCCCCUCUCUCUCUCUCUCUCUCUCUCUCUCUACCUCUCUCUGCGUUCGGGAGAGAUUUAUCUCGUCGGUUCUCGGCCUGAUCGCCGUGGCUCUGAUCAAGUCCCCAAUUUGAUUUCUUCUGGAUUUGGUUGAAACCAUUUUCACAAGGGACUGAUCUUACACCUGCUGCUAAUUCUAGAUGCUUUACAUAUUUGCCGAAAAUCUGGGGCUCUUCUGGAAGUUCGUUUCGCCACUUUUGAUUUGAGUUAUAGGGGUGGGCUGGUGGAGGCACAACGUGCGUGGAUGUGUCAUUUGGUUUGACAAAAUGGGUCAAAGGAAUAUGCUGUUCAACAGUCAGAUGAUGGAUUUACAGAUGGAUCAACAAGCCCCGUCCCGAACCUUUCCUGAGCCCACUGUUAUUCCCAUGGGUGUACCAAAUUUCCUGCAGCCUAAUGUCCCUGCUAUGUUGCCAGCUACUGGGACCCCUGCUAAUUUUGAUACUCGUCGUCCACUGGACAGCCAUGAAAAUGCUAUAUUAUAUGGGAUGGCACCGUACAAUGCUUUUCAGCAUCAUCAUCCUGCCAGAGAUCUUGACUUCGGUGUUCCUGUGGCAUCUAAUUACUACAAUCCAUAUAUGACUCCUGGUUGCAGGAUGAUCCCUCUCCCAAUUAAUCAAGUGUUUCAUGAUCAAUUGCCAUCUCAAAGCAAUUGUGGAAUCAUUGGAGUUCCCGCAGAUGACUAUAGAAGGAACAGUUACAUCAUGGAUGGUGUCCGAGGUUCAUUUAAGAGAAAAACUGCAGAAGGCAUCCCUGGAAGUUUCCAGUACUGUAAUGCUUCAGUUGGGUCUAGUUCUGCAGUUUACCCUAUGAGUGUGAGGCCUGAUCCUGGGGUAUCUAUGGUGGAUGCUUCAUCUUUCCCACUCCCUGAGUACAGAGGAAAUGACAUUCCCGCAGUUAUGGAAGUUGGAUCUCACAGAAGUGCGAGGAGAAGUGCUAUUCAACCAGACACUAUGCUGUCACAUAAUCCUAAUCAGUCAAUUCGAGCAAACUUUCCAGGUCACCCCUUCCAGACAGCUAGUUCUCCCUGGUUGGGCCAACAUUUCAGCAGUGGCAGUGGUGGAGGCACUUUGACCUGGAGUCAGGCACCUGCUGCGACCUUUUUGCAUGGGAGCGUUAAUGCUGGACUCCCAGAUACAGGAAGCAUGGGUGCACAGGGAUACCAAGAGGCAGCUAGAAAUAGGAGUUCUGCGACUUUAUUGCAACAUCCUCCCAUCCACCAAGGGCAGCCCAAUCUUUAUCACUUGCCACAGCCCAUGCUUGGGGUGAGAGGUCAGAACAUCAAUUUCAUCAUGCCAAUCGGGACAUCUUCGCACAGACUUCCAACAAAUAGCACUUCGCAAAACAUUAUGAAUCCUUUCCCAGAUGCUGUGGGGGUGGGGCCUAGAUACCUGGCAGCUGUUCCCCCAACUGGCCUUGGUGUAUACCAUCCUCUCCAAAGGGCAGUUAUGCCUGAGGCAACUGUGAGGCACCAAGACCUUCCUCAUUUGAGAGUCCUGCCAGUGGAUGAAGUUGCCAUGCUAGAGAUCCCGGGCUAUUAUGAAGUAGGGAAUUCCAUUGAUCAUCACAGAGACAUGCGGCUGGAUAUUGACCAUAUGUCAUAUGAGGAGCUUCUCGCAUUGGGAGAAAGGAUAGGCAAUGUGGUCACUGGGUUGUCAGAAGAAACCAUCUUGAGUCAUCUGAAAACCAGAAUGCAUAUUCCACCUGCUACUACUUUGAAUCUGGAAGAACCAGCUAGUGUGGAUCUGGAAACUGAUUUCUGCGCCAUAUGUCAGACUGAUUAUGAGAAAGAAGAUGAGAUUGGAACUCUUGAUUGCGGACAUGAGUAUCAUGUAGACUGUGUGAAAAGGUGGCUACUCAUCAAGAACACCUGCCCUGUCUGCAAAUCCUCAGGACUGAUCCGAGAAAGAGAGGAGGAACUCGGGAAAGAGGGUUGAUCUUUGGAUCAAUUGAAAAUUGUCUCUAAACUAUUUUCCAUAUACUAUUCUAGCUUUACUUGUGGUGUCGCCAUCAUCGUCAACCCUUGUUGCAACUGUUAUUUGUUUGUUUAUUUAACUUGUACAGACUUUCUAUAAUUGUCAGUUGUGCAUAUGCAUCAUGGCUGUUAAUAUAUUAUAAGAUUGUACAUCCUUUCUGAAUUUUGAACAUAGAAUGGUUCAAUUUGAAAUUUGAUGAUUUCCUUUA